AUGGCUAAGAGAAGACAAAAGAAGAGAACGCAUGUUCAAGUUGUGCCCGAUGAGGAGAGAGGUAUUCCAAAGUCAAUGGUGAUCAGGGUUGGUCAGACCUCUUUGGGUAACCAUUCCUUGAACCAGUUGGUGAAGGAUUUCCGUCAGAUCAUGCAACCACAUACUGCUAUUAGAUUGAAAGAGAGGAAGUCUAACAAGCUGAAGGAUUUUGUUGUCAUGUGUGGCCCAUUGGGUGUAUCCCAUCUAUUCAUGUUUACGCAAUCGGAGAAGACUGGUAAUGUAUCAUUGAAGAUAGCUAGAACACCAAAGGGUCCAACUAUCACUUUCCAGGUUAUGGACUAUUCUCUCGGCAGAGACAUCAAGAAGUAUCUAAGAAGACCAAAAUCUCUCACAAAGGAAGAUGUUAUGAACCCACCAUUAUUAGUUCUGAAUGGAUUUACCACCAAGCCCAAGGAUGAGAAUGAUGAGAAAGAAGUUGAGAGAGCUAAUGUGGAUAAGAUUGUGGUGUCAAUGUUCCAAAACAUUUUCCCACCACUAAACCCUUCUAGAAUUCAUAUAAACUCGAUCAAAAGAGUAUUUAUGAUUAACAAAGAUAAAGAAACUGGUGAAAUUUCCAUGCGUCAUUACUUCAUCGAUAUUAGAGAGGUAGAUAUUUCAAGAAAUUUAAAGAAACUGUACAAGGCUAAAAACAAUUUAAGUAAGGCCGUACCGAACUUACACAAGAAGGAGGACAUUUCCUCUUUGAUUCUUGACCAUGACAUAGGUGCAUAUACAUCUGAAUCUGAGAUUGAAGAAGACUCUAUUGUGAAAGUUAUGGACACAGAAUCUGUAAAGGUCAAGCGUUCAGUCAAGCAUAAAGAGGAUGACACAGUUGAGGAAGCAAAAGAUGUCGAUGGUGAUGAAGACAUGAAGGACUUUGAGAGCUCAAACAUACCUCUUGAAGAAGAUGACGAAAACGAACAAGAACAAGCUCCAGUUAGUACACCAAGAAAGAAGGCUGUGAGGUUAACAGAAAUUGGUCCAAGAUUGACUUUGAAACUAGUCAAACUAGAAGAAGGAAUAUGUUCAGGUAAAGUUCUACAUCAUGAGUUUGUACAGAAGACUGAUUCUGAGAUCAGAGCACUUGAAAAGAGGCAUAAGGAGAAGAUGAGAAUAAAGGAGCAAAGAAGAAAGGAGCAAGAAGAGAACAUUGCGAAGAAGAAAGCACAUAAGGAAGCGAAGAGACAAAGGAAACUUGAAAGAAGGGCAGCAAGAAAAGCAGCUGCCGAGGAAGGUAGUGAAGAAGGAAAGGACAUAUCAGAAUCUGAGUCGGACUCUUCCAGCUCAGAAUCUGAAAACGAAUAUAAGGAUGUUCCUGAGGAUAUCGACAGUGAUUUGUACAGUGACAUUGAGUAA